UACAUAAAAGCAGUAAACCUCGCCAAAAAUAAUUUUCUUUUUAUGUCAAUUUCAAACCAGUUUUCGUGAAUAAAUCUUUGACAAGUAAUUAAAACAUAUUGCAUAAAAACGUUUACAAAUAUUUUACGCGCGUUUAAUGUAGUUUUGGUUUAUGUUAAAGUGAUCUUAAUAUCGUAUGCCCUCGCCGUCUGUCUUACAAAGAAAAGCUCAUAAAGGUACGGUGGCACUGAACACGAAUGUGAAAGCAAAUCGGGGAAAAAAUUUGUAAAUUUUCGUGCAACUGUUGGUUAUUUAUUACGAUAAUGGGCACUUUAUGACGGAAAAUUAUGUUACAAAAUAAUUCAUACAGCAUAUAAUUGUGGAAAAAAGCGUUUAUUUGUGCCAUUGAACAAUUUGAUUGUAUUUGGUCGGGUCCAUUGAUUGGGUGGCUGGAGAAGAAAAAAGUGGUAGAAUUUGGAUGGGACGAAAAUUUUAUUAGGGGAGCAGAUGAAAGUCGCGCCGAAAGGAAACUACACGAUAUUACAACAAAAACACAUUUGACGUUUUGUGUUGUGUUUACUGACCGCCGUGGUGAAAAUAUAAACAAUUCCAAUGUGGUGAAUUGUAAUGAAUAUAUCAUGCGCCGCCUGCAUAGUAAAUACAAAAGAAAACAAAAACAAAAAACAGCUUAAAUUUCAUUGAACUUAAAAGAUAUGCAUAAUGAUGUAAGGAAUAUGAAUUAAAAAAAUGGAUCCAAUCAGACAUUAUCUCAAAAAGACCGUAUUGUAUUAUAAUUUUCUUCUGCCCGUAACCAUUUAAACUAAUUCACCCUUGUGUGAAGUGCUUUCAAAAAGUUUGCAACUAAAAUUGGUCAAAAGAUAAAGUAAUUUGUGAAAAUGUUUUUGUAUUGUAAUUUGCAAUACAAAUGAAAAGUAAUAUAAAAACGAGAACAAGUGAAACAACAUAUUGUUCACUAACAAUAAUUGAAAAACUGAGAAAGGAAUCGAUCAGCCAAACUCACGUAUAAUGUCACGUUGGGGUAAAAAUAUCGUUGUACCUCUGGAUGUGCUCUGCAAGGGCGAGGAAAGUACAAAUCGUCCGACCGUAGCGCGCUCCGUAGGUACUGUUGGCAAAUGGGGCAAAAUAGGUUUCACAUCGACGCGUACUUACGCUUUAGCUGCACUCUCACCAGCAGUUGCAGCAGCAGCUGCUGCGGCAGCCGCAGCAGCGAGUCCAGCGCAGAGUCCUGCAUCAUUACUCGACGAUGACAUGUCACCAUCGGUACCAGAGCCUCCUAAACCUAAGAAGUUUUUUAAAUCACGCAACUCUGCGCCACCUGAAGUGAUUGCACAAAUAAUACAAAACCUGCCUAGAACACCAGCUUCGCCAAUACGUGAUAGUUACUCGGCUGGAACAUCUAAUGCAGGUUCACUUAGUACCCCAGUACGAGAACCUAUAAAAUUAAAAUUGCCGAAAGCCAAUUCAGGUGAGCGUAAGAAAAAAUCCCCGAAAAAGGCAAGUGCAAAGCAGGCAGCGGUGACGGCGGCAACAUUAGCAGCGCAGGAUGAUGGCAACGCUACUGGAGAUGUUGCAAUCUCCACUAAAGCGGUUGGCGAAUCAAAACAAAAAAAGAAAAAAGAGGAAAAGAAAUUAAAGCCCGAGGCACCACCAUCACGCAUAAUUUCCCGUGCACGCAAGGUAGUCAACUAUUGUGAGGACGAUGAGGACGAACGCAUACCAACUCCUCUGAAGGAUAUUAUAUAUCCUAAAAAUAAAUCACCUAAAGAAGACGAGACUGCUGUGCCGAAUAUUGGGGAAAGUAUAAAAGAAAUUGCGCCGGCGGAACCAGAUCUACCACCACCCGCUGCACCCGCGCCAACGUCGGUUGCUGGUAGUUCAAUAACAAGCGUUGCAGCUGUUACGACGCCCGCCGCACCACCUUUGGCACCGAAAACACCUGAACACCCGCCAAUCGUGCUAAGAAUUUCUAAGGGUACCUCCCGUUUGGUGAGCACUGAUAGUGAGGAACAGCCUGCAAGCAACAACAUCGUAUCCCCGCAUCAACAACACGAUACCGAGCAAUCCAAAUCUCGGCAUUCGUCUACUGAAGAAGUUCCUCCCGCACACCCGCCGACGGUAUACAAUACACCAAAGAUUAUUGUUAAACCGCUCCGGCCGCCAUCACCUGAUCCUGUGCUACCGCCGCCGCCAUUUCCUGCACCGCAUGCCGCAAAUGUAUCACUUGCGCAUCAGCAUCAUAACGCUGAAGAUCCACCCGAGAUCAACUACUCAACAGUAAAGAUUUCGCCGGAUAAACCGCCUAAAGAACGUUUAAAGUUAAUCAUAAAAACAGACGUGAUACGCAACGCCAUUAAGGCAGCCGAAGCAGCGAAAGCUGCGGCAGCAGCACAGAAAGCCGCCGCAGCAGAAUCUGGUGCUACUUCCGGUGGUGAGCGCGAAAAGAAGCAGAAAAGUAAAAAACAUAAGCACUUAAAACACGCCGCUUUGGAACAGAUUUCAAAUUCGCUGCAAGCAAAUAUUACUGCAACAGGUAGUGAAUUCAAAACACCAUCACCGCAUCUCGCAUUUAGCGCGCACUUGGAACAACACCAGCAGCCAACAUUAUUAGGACGCACUGUUAUUUCACCGCCAGCUCUUUCGGAACGCGACUUUGACUCGCAAUCCUCAGUUUUGGGUAGCAUUUCGUCCAAAGGCAACAGUACACCACAGCUUCUGGCGCAGGCAGUUCAGGAGGAGAGCUGUGUCAUACACAGUCGUGGUUCUAGCGUGAUCACCAGCGACCUAGAAACAAGUCAGCAUUCCUCGUUGGUUGCGCCGCCAUCAGAUAUCGAAUCGCGUCUGGAAUCUAUGAUGAUGGACGGUGAGGUAAGCCAACGUGCAACGAAUUUGGUUGAAGAGCCGUUACAGGAAGAUAUCCUGGCUGUAUUGCGUGGUGAUGAGAGUCUUCAUUGCUCCGCAGCCGCCAGCAAUGAGGCCAGUGAGCCUAAAGUGAACGGUGUAAUAGAGAAAAUGGAUGUUUUGGAGAAAGAACCUCAGGCAGAUCACCAAAGAGAAGAAGCCAUAGAAAAGGGACAAGAAACAGCGACAAGUCGUCGUUUAACACGCGGCCGCGGCCGUGGUACCAAAACAAACUAUGUUGAGGGAGAAGACAUUAUCACAUCACCACAAAAAAUACCGCCGGUUACAUUAACCAGAACUCGAGGAAGAAAACCCGCCGCGACGGUGACAUCGCCUGUCAUUGCGGACGAUAUCAACACGUUAGCUAACAAGCGUGCAACCAGAGGUCGGCCGAAGAAGGGUGCCGUAGUGGCCGAAGAUCCCACACAAUCACCUGCAAAAGUCGACGAAUCGCCUGUAAAGGUUAUAACAGAAUCUGCAAUUGUACCUACGACAGAGCUUGAAAUAAACCAAACAAACGAUAGUAUUGAGACACCAGCAAUCGCUACAGCUCCUACAACACGCCGUGGUCGUCCGCCUCGUAACAUUAGUAACAACAAUAAUGUGAACAGUAAUAAUAAUAAUAUCAAUAAAAUUGCCGCUAGUUUGUCAGCAAAAGCAGGUGCCGCCGAGGAGGCAGCAGCAGCCGCAACUAAAAGUGGCGCAACGAGCACCUCACCGCUUACAGGUAGUACGCCACAGGCACCACGUAGCUAUGGCAGAAAACGUAAGAAUCAACAAGUAACCCAAGUGCUACAACCAUCAGCAGAAGAACUGGAGGAACAGCAACAUGGUCCACCCAUUAAACUGGCCAGUAUCGAUUAUUCAGAUUCGGCUGCAACAAGUGAUUUGAAUGCUUGUGUUUCUCCACAACUAACAGCACAACUACAAGCCGCAUCAUUAACGCCAACAUUAGAUUUGCACGACACUAAUUCCAAUUCCAACUCGCUCACCCGUCCAGCUAGUGCAACACCAUCAUCACCGCCUCGACGGGACUACAAAGUCAAAGACAAAUUCAAGCGCACGCUUACACUAGACAAUCAAGUGAAUUGCAAUGCGGUCGUGGAGUCACCCACGGCAGGACUCUUGGCCGAACAUGUCGUGUAUGGUGUCAGCAGUGAUGCGGGUACAGGCGUGAAUGGUGAGGAAGAGCAGCAACGCGGUUCUGUUAAGCUAGUGAUCUCAAAGAAGAAAGGUAGCAUAUUCAAGAGCCGUGCACUUGUACCGCAAGAUCAAACAGAUCAAUCAGCAGCUGCUAAACGUCAUCUAUACAAACAUAGUUGGGACGCUGAAGCGAACGGCAGCACAGCGGGCAACACGGACGCUUUGGCAUUGCAGAAUAAUGAGGCAAACGUACCGCCAGCGGCUACUCGUACUGCUGUCGAUGCUAUUUUCGAUGACUUCAGCGAGGAUCUAAGUCCCAGCGGUAUGUCGCGAGAGAAUAGUCCGUCGCUUAGUAAGUUAACGAGAAUAACAAAAACGAAUAACGCACAAAUAUGUGCUAACAGCCCCUACGAAAUGGAUAUCGAUGCGCCUGGCGAUACGGUAACAAGUGUGAAAGUGGAUCGUAAAGCUAAAGGAUUUUAUACAGUCGUCCGUAAUGUAAAGACAGCGCAUCAGAUACAGGAAAUUGGUGAAUAUCAGGAAAUGGAUGACGAUGUUGAGUAUCUACUAGAUUCACUGCGGCCGCACAAUCCCACGCCGACACGCUGUUUGUCAGCACUUCAGCUAGCUUCAAAGUGUAUGAUACCCACUUUCCGAAUGCAUGUACGCGCACACGGCGUGGUCACAAAGUUUUUCAAGGCGCUUUCUGACGCAAAUCUGGACCAGAGUCUAGGGCUUUGCACCUCCGCAAUUAUGUUUAUACUCUCACAAGAGGGUCUCAAUAUGGAUUUGGAUCGUGAUUCGCUGGAAUUAAUGAUGAAUCUGCUCGAGUCGGAGAUUGUAGCUGCACCUUCGGAUCGCGUCAAUUAUGAACGCAUUCGCCAAAAAGUACGCGAACUCUGUGAUGAGAUUAAAUCUCAAGGAAAAGCUGCCCAUCUCAAUGUUGACACACUUACAGUCGGCACAUUGGCGAUGGAAACCUUGCUGUCGUUAACCUCUAAGCGCGCCGGUGAUUGGUUCAAGGAAGAGCUACGCUCACUUGGCGGUCUAGAACAUAUUAUCAAAACCAUUUCAGAUAACUGUCGACCAGUUAUUGAGUGUAGCAAUGGCACUACACACAUUCAUUGGACGCAAUCGCUGCUCGACAAUAUGCAGACCGUUGAGCGAUGCAUGCGUGUGCUAGAAAAUGUGACACAGCUUAAUGAGGAGAAUCAGCGUUAUGUGUUGACUUAUGGCCAAGGUGCCACAGUUCAUACCUUAUGCUCACUCUUCACGCUAUGUGACCGUGAAAUAAUGCGACAUGUUUCGGAUUCGUCGGAGCAAUCUGCUAAGGAUAAUCCUGGUGCAGUGAUGCGCGAGCUUUUGUUUCCACUUCUCAAAGUGCUUAUCAAUUUAACGCACACAUUUAAUCCGGCGAAAGCGCUGGGUGCUGAAAUGCUUGGCCAACGUAAUGCUGUAGUAGAAACCAGCUUCCGCCUGCUAUUGCAGGCACCCAACUACAUUCCUGAACGAUGUGUCUUUGAGCUAAGUAUUCUGGUGCUGUUGUUGCUAAUUAACCUCACCAUGUAUACGAUUCCUAAUCGAGUGGCGAUAAUGAAAGUGUAUGCGCCACCCGAAUACAGUAGCCACCAACAUAAUAAAGUGACUGCUGUGCAAGCUGUGAUGGAGUAUUUCUAUAGAUGCGAGGAAUUGGCCAGAUUGGUCGAAAAGAAUACAGAUGCCAUUUUGGAUAGUACCGACAAGAAUAAAAAGAAACAGGAGGAAGUGGAUGAAACUGUAAAUAAUUUGCUGAAAAACUCGGGUCAUCACAUGGAACAUACUAUCAAGGGUAGUUAUGCAGCCCUACUAAUUGGUCAUUUAAUUACCGACAAUGAGGAGUACGAAGCACUAGUGCGUAGACAUUUACGCGGCAAUGGAUUCAAAGAGAUUGUCAGUGUGCUGGAAAAAUAUUACACUUUUAUGGAUCUGACCUGUUCGGAAGCUUCCGCAGUAGCGCACAUAAAAUCUACAAAGAAAUUGAUUGAUUACUUCAAGAAACGUGACUUGGUGUACGAAAUGAAUGAGUCCGAUGACUGCGCGCUUCCUCUAAAUUUAGAAACACAUCACGCUUCAACAUCCGCUGCCAAUACUGCAAAUACCAGUAAUGACCUCGUCGAUAAUGGCGAGAGUCCUACAACGACAGCAACACGCAGCGGCGCGCAGCGCGUCUAUAAAAGCUACAGUCAAAGAUAAUCACUAGACGAAUUUGAUUUAAACCACAGUAAUAAUUGCAGUUGCAGCUUGCUGUAUAUGAAUUUUAAUUUUAAAAUUGCAAACGUCAGCAAAAUUUGCUAAACAUUUUAACACUAUAUUCCCACUAAUUGAUUGCAAUUUGGUUUUUAAUUAUUUUUUGUAAAAAGAAAAAAAAAGAAAGAAAGAUUUGUUCUUUUUACUAUAAAUAUAAUUUUAAGAUUUUUAUUGCGCAAUCUUUUAUCUAAAUUAACUUAAUUUUUUAAUUAUGCAUGCUUUUUGGUAUAUAUUUUUAAAAUCAUAAAAAUUGUAUGUAAGUAGUUGUAAGAUAAACUAAAAGUCAAUCGGUUCUCUUCAGGUUAUUUUCAAAAUUCUAAUGAUUAUAUAAUAAUUUGCUUAUAGUAAGUAUUACUUUAUACUCAUUUAUGUGCAAGAUAAGCGUUUGCUAUAUGUGUUGCUGAUAAGAAAGACACGAACAAAAAGUUAUAAAUAACACUAAUUGAAUAUAUAUUAAUGCAUAUAUAUAAGUGUCUACCUAUCUAAAAUACGAAGUAACUGUAUUUGUAAUUCUAAUUGUAAUUGUAAUUCUAAGCAAUAUUAUUGUAUUUCACUGUAAAUAACUUAGAAAUUGGAUAUUUCUGAUUAUAUUUUUUUUUUAUGCUGUAACACACUUUACGUGUGCGAGCUAUGCAUACAAAUAGACGAUAGCGUUUGUUUUGUUAAAACAUUCGUACUUGUAGUUUAAAUUAUGUUGCGCAAGUAAAACUUAUAUAUGUAUGUUGUAUGUGUGUGCGAAAAUCGAGAGAAAUUUUAAUGUUGUAAUGCUGGAAAAAAACUACCAAA